AUGGGAAAAGUGCAGAAAGCAAAAGAAACGCUGGAAAGGGCAGUAGAAAUCAUGGACAACCUUUCUCCUCCGCAUCCAGGUAAUUUGUCUCUUGAGCCCAAUUUCAGGGGUAAUUGGAUGUUCUCUAGUACUACCACCGUUCAGAUCCAUUCUUCAGAAUAUUUCACUGAACACAGGAAUUUGCAAAAAACUCUUUGGAACUUAAGGAACUGAAAAGAUCAUGCCGUUCAUAGACGUUUUUAUAUCUUCAUGAACAACGUACAUGUUUUACAGUCAACUAGUUCUAACACAGCCUUUGUUUUGAAUAGCAGUAAGUAUCCUUCUUUGUGGAGAGGUGAACGCUUUUACAAGCGUGUGCAAAAUGACUGAAAAAUGGCAGGACCAACUCUAUUUUAAUAAGCAAUAGAAAGCGUUUUCCGUGUUUGCAUAGCCUGAUAUAAACACGAGAGGGGUUGGGAGAAUUCGAGACAGUUAUGCAACCCCGAGACGAAGUCGAGGGUUUGCAUGACUGUCUCGAAUUUUCCCAACCCCUCGAGUGUUUAUAUCAGGCUAUGCAAACACAGGAAAAAGUUUUCUAUUGCUUUUAUAAAAUAACUUUCUCGAGAAAAACGCGAAACUCUUUGUUAUGGCAUUGAUUAAAAGAGAAAUUCUUACCAGUCGCAAAGUCGUACAUACAUACUGUCAUGCAAACACUCCUCUCGGCGAAUCAGAGGGCGCGUACUAUCUUAGUAUUUGUAGUCACGUUAGGGAGAUAGAGAGAGAGAGAGUUCACAAUAUUUUAAUUUUAUUAGCAGAAAAGGCAAAUUCACUGAAAAGGCUCAGCAAAGCUUGCUUAAUCCUUGGCGACACCGUAAAAAGUGCUGAUUUUGCAAACCGUGCUCUAAAGAUCUACAAGGAAACGCAUGGAAACAUGAUGCAACACAGAGAAGUAUGUGAUUAACUUUAUACCUCAUGUGUCUCUAAGAAAAAUGAGGGCUUGUUAUGGUACUGCUAACGUUGAUUUCGUUCACGCAUGGAAACAUGGAAACACGCAUCGUUCAGUUUAAGACACCGCUAAAAGACAUUUAGAAGGGACACUGGCACUCCAGAUAAUUGAAUAGCCGCGGUACAAGAGGGAAAAUGCCUCAAAUAGCUUAUGUUCGGUUGAAAUAAAGGUCUUUUAUCGAUACCUAAGAAAAUGCAGCUCACCUUUUCAACUGGAUCUCUUUUCGUUGAGAGAACAUGUCUCGAAGGCUCCUCUCAUCAUAUAUAACAUCACCAAAUUCCUUGUCCCGUUCAUAGUUCCAAUCCUAAUUCCGUUACCUUUUCCCUCUCAAAUCCCGAAUCUCAGCCUUCAAAUUUUUACAUAUCAAUCCCGAUCCCGAAAAACUCAUUGUAGACAUUAUAUUGUACGACACUGUUUUACAGGUGAGGAAAUGUACGCUGAGAGUUGCAUACGCAUGCUCAAAGCUUGGACUUUUCAGCAAGGCCAAGGAAUAUCUUAAAGGGGUUGAGCUUGGUUUUUCUGAGGAGAAUAGGGCCCAUUCAGAGUACGCUGUAUUUCUUCGAACAAAAACUGAAAUGGCGUUGGACAAUCUUGAAUUCAGCUGGCCCGAGGAUGAAGAAGGCAUUCAAGAAAUCUUCACAGAGGCAGGAAGAGAUCUCAAUAAAGCGGAUGAAAUAAUUCAACAGUCUCUUGGUAGCGAUCACCAACAGUAUGCAUUCUUGAAGCGAGAAAAAGCUCGUCUAUACGUUCUUACUGGCCAUUACGAGAAAGCCUGGAAAGAGAUUGACUGUGCUCUUGCUAUUGCUACGAGCUACCAAAGGCGUGACUUAGAGGCUGGCUUUUUACUUAUUCGAGCAGAUGCUGAGGGCAAGCUUCAGCUGUCCAGUGGAAGAAAGGAAUCCUUGGCAACAGCGGACCAAUUGCAUCGCAGUACUUUGGGUAAUGAUCAUCCAAUGGUUGCCACCACACUACAAAAGCGAUGUCAGAAAAACAUUGAUCAGAAAAAUCUUACUCUGGCAGAGGAAUAUCUGGAAGCAAGCGCAAAAAUCUGUGAAAUUCUUAAAAGUAACUUACGAUUGCAAUUACAAAGUAGUAGUUGUGAUUUUCUUACCAAUUACAGUUUGGAUCAACACCCUGUUUUAAAGCGUCAACAGCAGCUAGAAAGAAGACUAAGGGGCAGUCCUGUUGGGGCAUGGUUUCGUUGA